AUUAGAAAAAUUGUUUCCUACCUAUUUAUUUACAAAUAAUGCUCAUUUUAUUUAUAUCAAAGUAUUUUUAAGCUUCAUAAUUUUAAGAAGUUAACUAAACAAAGUUCAUAGCUGCUUUUGUAACACAGCUUGAACACUUCAUGUCAAGUUUUAUAACCUAAACAAAAUAAGAUUCUUUAUAAAUAAUUAAAAAAUGCGAUUAUCUGUACGUUUAUUAUCCUCUGUUGUGCAGAAAAGGCCUUUUUAUAUUACAACACCGAUUUUUUAUGUAAAUGCCGCUCCUCACUUGGGCCAUUUAUAUACAGCAGUGGUGGCAGAUGCGAUACAACGGUUUGAGAAACUAACGAAUCCUGAUUGUAAUGUUAUAUUUAGCACAGGGACAGAUGAACAUGGGACAAAAAUCCAACAAGCUGCUGCCCAAGCUAAUUUACCUUUGCAGAACUAUUGUAAUAAUAUCUCUCAGGAGUACAGAGAUCUUUUUGAUGACUUUGAAGUAGGAUAUACAGAUUAUAUAAGAACAACUGAGGAAAGGCAUAAAAAAGCUGUGCGACACUUUUGGAACAAAUUAGUAAAACAAGACUAUAUCUAUAAGGCAAAAUAUGCAGGCUGGUAUAGUGUUAAUGAUGAAGCAUUUGUUCCUGAGUCACAUACUAGAGAAGAAAUCACUAAAGAUGGAAAGAUAAAAGUGUCUGUAGAAUCAGGCCACCAACUGGAAUGGACCGAGGAGACAAACUACAUGUUUAGAUUAAGUGCAUUCAAAACACAUCUCCAAGACUGGUUGAAACCAGAUGGAGUAAUUCAACCGAGUAAGUUCCAGAAGCAACUUCAAGACUUUCUCGCAAGUGACGCCUACUUCCCUGACAUCUCUGUCAGUCGUCCUUCCUCGAGAGUACAUUGGGCAGUACGGGUGCCAGAUGAUGAAGAGCAAAGUAUAUAUGUUUGGCUUGACGCUCUGAUCAAUUACUUGACAGUUUGUGGUUACCCGGAUGAGGAGCAACUGAUGUCUCGACGGGCCUGGCCCGCUGAUGUACAUGUUGUUGGAAAAGAUAUUUUAAAGUUCCAUGGUAUAUACUGGCCGGCGUUUCUGAUGGCGGCUCGCUGGCAGCCGCCGCGACGCCUCGUGUGUCACUCGCACUGGACCGUGGACGGCAGCAAGAUGUCCAAGUCGCUGGGUAACGUCGUGGCGCCCCGCAGUGUGCCGGCGCCCGCCGCGCUGCGCUACGUGCUGCUGCGGGAGGCCACCUUGGCCGACGACGCCAACUACAGCGAGACGAAGCUCGUGAAUAUCGCGAACUCCGAGCUGGCGGACACGCUCGGCAACCUCGCCAGUCGCGCGUGCGGCGCCGCGCUCAACCCGCGCCACGAGCUGCCGCCGCCGCACGCGCACGAGCUGCGGGACGUCGCGCGACGGGAGCCCGCCGCGCGCCUGCUGCGCGCCGUCGAGCGCCUGCCCGAGAUCUGCCAUCAACAUUACUCAAACUACCAGUUCUAUAAAGGCGUGGACGCAGUCAUCCACGUGUUGCAUUUAGCUAAUCUAUUUUUCGAAACCAUGAAACCGUGGGAACUAAAGAAAAAACCAGAAGGUCAGAAGGAGUUGGACGUCGUACUCCACAUCACUCUAGAAACUCUGAGGAUAUGCUCAAUUAUAUUACAACCCAUUAUACCGAGUUUAUCGAGUAAACUUUUAGAUAAAUUACAAGUUCCCAAAGAUUGUAGAUACUGGCAACACUGCGAGCAACCGUCGUGGAGGAUAAAAGGCGCCAUAUACGAAACUAAAAACAUUCAAAGUGGUAAAUUCGUGUUAUUCCAGCGGAUAUAUGUGGAUAAGAAAAAUGUUCAUAAGAAAAAAGCGAUCGUGUAAAUAGAUAUUUGAAAAAGACUGUUUUUAAAAUUGAGUUUAGUUAUAUAUGUAUAUUAUACUAUAUUAACAGGUUGUAAGUUUAUUUAUUGUUGUGUAUAAAAUGUUUAGUUUUUUGUUUAAUAAGCUUUAUAGUUUUUCUGAAUUGAUAAUUUAUUGUACGAGUUCUUGGAAAAUGGUGCCAUUUAAUGGAGCGGUUAAGCGGAGCUGCGAUUGUCCGUCUGUUCAGACCCGUACGGGGCGGCUGUUACAUGUUUACGCUAUAAAUCAGACGCACGCAAGCGCACCGUUUAACCGCACCUUAAGAUAUUCCAAUGAAUCUCUUCGAAUAUUUACUUAAUAUUUCUUAUUUUCUUGGUAACAAAAAGAAAAGAUAAAAUCAGAAAUCAUUGAUCGGUGCAUUUAUAAUAUCAAUUAUGUUUUUUUAACUGAUUUCUUGUUAGUUGUGAAUAUAGGUUGGUGAAUAAAAAU